GACCCUUCUCGUGUCCGGUCGAUCCUUUUUAAACCAUGAGCUCCAAGCGGCAAUGGGUCCCGACUCCAUAGCCGUCGGUUCGGAAGAGAAGCGUCUAGAACCCUGUAGCCCCCGCGAUCCUUCCCUCUCUUUUCUUCCCCGACUUUUCUCCGGUGUUCGUCUCCUCCUCGCCUUUUGGGUCUCCUUUUACUUGUUCCCUCGUUGUUUCUCCCCCUCUUUCUCUCGUUCCGGUGCUUCUCUCUUCCUCCUCGAAUGGCGACGGAUCUCGAGGCGAGGGCGAAGGAAGCCUUCGUCGACGAUAACUUCGAUCUAGCCGUCGAUCUCUACACACAGGCCCUCGACAUGGACCCCAAGAACGCCGAUCUCUACGCCGACCGCGCCCAGGCCAAUAUCAAGCUCGAAAACUUCACUGAAGCUGUUGCAGAUGCAAAUAAAGCAAUUGAGUUAGAUCCUUCGAUAGUGAAAGCUUACUUGCGAAAGGGGACUGCUUGUAUGAAGCUUGAAGAAUAUCAGACUGCUAAGACAAGUCUUGAAACAGGUGCCUGUUUGGCACCUGGAGAUUCGAGAUUCACACGGUUGAUCAAAGAAUGUGAUGAGCGCAUUGCAGAGGAAACCAUUGACUUGCCCAAAAAAGUGAUGCUGAAUGUUCCACCGAGUACCAUGUCUUCUUCAUCAAAUAUAAGUACUGAAAUCGCAAAGGAUUCUGACUCCUCGAAAGAUGCAUCUUGUCAGUCUACAGCGAUGCCAAGCAAACUAAAAUACAGGCAUGACUACUAUAAUUCUUCUACAGAAGUGGUUUUGACCAUUUUUGCAAAGGGUAUCGCAGCAAAAAAUGUGUCUGUUGAGUUUGGUGAACAGAUGUUGAGUGUUAUAAUUGAUAUCCCUGGGGAGGAAAAAUAUCAUUUUCAACCCCGUUUAUUUGGAAAGAUUAUACCCAAAAGUUGCAGAUAUGAAGUCAUGUCUUCCAAAAUUGAAAUCCGUCUUUCAAAAGCCGAACCUAUUACAUGGACAUCUUUGGAAUUUAGCAACAAGAGAAUAAUUCCUCAGAAGAUAAACACAUCAUCAGCGCCGGUAUCCCAGAGACCAUCUUACCCCUCAUCAAAAGCUAAAAUUGAUUGGGAUAAGCUGGAAGCCCAAGUAAAAAAGGAGGAGAAAGAGGAGAAGCUAGAUGGUGAUGCAGCAUUGAACAAAUUGUUCCAGGAUAUAUAUCGAGAUGCUGAUGAGGACACAAGACGAGCAAUGAGCAAAUCCUUUAUUGAAUCGAAUGGCACGGUGCUGUCUACAAAUUGGAAAGAAGUGGGUUCAAAGAAGGUAGGGGGAAGUCCGCCAGAAGGGAUGGAGCUGAAGAAAUGGGAGUACUGAUCUUGUUGCUGAUUCGAUCGUGGUGCAGUUUUGAUUGGUAACAUGGCUGUGCAUUUCAGUUCAAAUUGUAGAAUUAAGAUUGUACAAUUUCAAUAUGGAUCAGUUUUUUCAUUACAGAGUGGCCAAUAUGUCGUGUCUUUAAAUGUCGAUACAGCUCACUGGGUUUAUAUGAAAACAUUGUAUUUUUUAGGUUAUAUUUGCUGAAGUUAUGUUGUUCGGUGCA